AUGACGCGAUAUUUCACCUCAACGGGAGAGCGCAAUCAAAGUUCGCAUAGAAUACUGGAAUCAAGUUCUCGCUUGACGGAUGAAUACAAAGGCAAAGUUGAAGCUCUAUUUUCUUACUAUUACCCAAUUGAAAUAAGCAUGGAAAAAUCCAAGGACGAAAAAAUUUCAGAUAUGAUUGAAUGGUGGGAAAAAUCCCACAAAUUAUUGAUUGAGCAAAAUCUAAGCAAACAAGAUAUCGAAGAAAUGGUGACAGAAUCGACCGUAGAAAUGAGGCCAGGGGUGGAUCAGUUCAUUGAGAAAUGCAAGAACUAUGAUAUUCCGUUCUUAAUAUUCUCUGCAGGGAUUGCAAAUGUGAUUGAACAAGUCCUCACCAUGAAGGGUCUCCUUCACGCCAGGAAUAUGCACAUUGUUUCUAAUCAGAUGGGAUUCAACGAGAAGACUGGAAGAUGUGAUCAUUUCAAAGAGCCUUUAAUUCACACCUUCAAUAAAAAUGAAAUCAUCAUUAGAGACAGCCCUUAUCACACUACCAUCGAAGAUCGAGGUAAUGUUAUUCUCUUAGGUGAUUCUCUGAGUGACGUACAAAUGGCCGAUGGAAUUCGUCAUCACACAUGUCUGUACAUUGGUUUCUUGAAUUAUGGAGCUGAGAAGUUACUCGACAAGUAUAUGGAGACAUAUGACAUUGUGAUAGUUGGAGAUGGGACAAUGAAUAUCGUAAACUUUAUAAUCGAUGCAUGCUCUGUUGAUGACGGAUUGCAUUUUCUUUAA